CCUCCUCCCCCGCAGGACUAUGAGUACCCGCUGCACCCCCAUAACACCAACUACCAGAAGAACGACCGCUGCCCCCCGCCACCGCAGACCCUCCCAGACCGGGCCUGCGAGGUGCUGAGCUGCCGAUCCGACUCCGAGUGCGAGAGACACAAGCGCUGCUGCUUCAAUGGAUGUAUCUACGCCUGCCUGGAGUCCGUUCAGCCCCCCCCAGUCCUGGAUUGGUUGGUGCAGCCGAAGCCGCGCUGGUUGGGUGGGAACGGCUGGCUAUUGGACGGACCGGAGGAAGUCUUACAAGCUGAAGCCUGCAGCACCACAGAAGACGGGGACGAGCCUCUCCACUGCCCCACAGGGUACGAAUGUCACAUAAUCAACCCCGGCAGCCCAUCGGAGGGCAUCCCGAACCGGGGGCAGUGCAUCAAGCAAAGAGGAAACUCAGACGGGAGACACCUGAGACCCAAAUACACCAAAGAAUAUCACGGUGGAAAUUUUAAUAACGUUGUAGUCGGAGUCGAUAAGACGGCGGCAGAGGAGCAGCAAAGCUCAGAGGAGGAGGAGCAAAGCUCAGAGGAGGAGGAGGAGCAAAGCUCAGAGGAGGACGCCGUUCGCUCCUCCAGCCCGCGGACGGGCGCGGUUUUUGCAGUUUUAAUCAUUAACGUCAUAUUUAUAGAGCGGCCGGAGGAGGCGGAGCUCCGUCUGAUGGGAGGACUAUCGUUCUGCUGGCUCUUCCGGGGGAUGGGGGGGGGAGGGCUGCUCGCUCUUUCAGGUGGUGAACGGGCCGCCUUCCGACCUCUAAUGUCAACCCAGAUCAUGAGCAGAGAAGAUAGCAGUGCUGUGCAGUCUCUUGGUGCCAUCAUCUGCAGCCAGCUGAUGCUCUCCACUCCCUUCUCCAGCAGUGAUGCUCUGCAGAUAGUGAUCAGCUGA